AUGUCCUAUUAUCAUCAUACUUCAUCAUCUCCGACAUCAAGUGCUCCGAAUAAUAGUAGUAUAAAUAAUGAUAUCAAUAUGAUGGAUUCUAACUAUGUUUCCUUAAAUACUCCUAUUAAAAGGAUAAAGAACUUAACCUUAAACUCACCCUUUGAAUCUCCACAACAUUUACAAUCUUCACCAAUAUAUCCAAAUCUAGAUGAUAUAAUGGUAUCACCACUGCAACAACAACGUAAUACUAAUAAUGGAUAUAAUACCAAUGUUAAUUCCAUUAUGACCAAUAAAGGAUAUUCCCAAAAACUAACAAAUAACGUGUUGUCAGAAUUAAAUAUGAGAGCUAAUCAAUUAUCUUCAAUGAUAACAUCACCAACUUCAGAAUCUAUAAAUGCAGUUAAAUUAAGUGUAACAAGAAGAUCUAAUUCAAAGAAAUAUAAACGUUAUAGUGGUAUACAUCGUGGACUUCAAAAUACUAUGGAAUCUAUUUCAAGUCAUUAUUCUGUAGCAGCUAAAGGUCAUCGAUCAAUAUCAGGAUCACUGAUGACUGAUAAAUCUCCUAAUAAAUCUCCAACAAGUACUCCAAUGGAUACUAAUUCAAAUGAAGAAUUAGAAUCUAGUACAAAAAGAAGAAGAACUUUAAAUGGACCGGAUGAAGUAGCUAGAUUCGUUCCAACCUUCAAACUAGCACAUCCUGAUUCAACUAACGAAAUCAAUCAUAAACCUUCAAAAUCUAGUACUUUAAACAUGACUAAUAAUAGCAAUCUUACUCAACCAAUAUCGUCAUCAAAUAAUUUGAAUUCGACUACAUCAACUUCCAAUAAUAGCAGUCCCUUACGAAAAAUAUCUCCUUCUAAGAAGUUUAUGAAUUUAAAUGCAUUAUUAUCGGACAACGGUCUGGAUGUCAGCUUAACCCAAUCCAAUCCAACAGAGAUUGAUAUGUUGAAUGGAUCCCCCAAUAAAGACAAAUUUUUAAAACCAUAUCCUCCAAGUAAUAAACUUCGACCAAGUGCUUUAGAGUUAGCUGGAGUAAUACCCUCGAGCCAUAGUCAAACCAAUAUUCAUCCAACGUUAAAUAAAAAGAGUUCAAUUCCACAAUUACAAAAGAAACAUUCUAUUCCAAAUCUUAAUCCUAAUACAAUCCCCAGUCUUAAUAAGAAAAGCUCAAUACCUCAAUUACAAAAGAAAUCUUCAAUUCCUCAACUACAGAAGAAACCCUCAAUACCUCAACUACAGAAGAAACCUUCAAUACCUCAAUUGCAAAAGAAACCUUCAAUCCCUACUUUUUCCAAUCAUUCUAAGUUAGUUUCUUCAACUUCAUCUUCUAAUAUGAAACAUACACAACCAUCCCUAUCAAGUUAUAAAAUACCCACAAGUAGAUCUAGCAUUAAUACUUCAAGUCCGAAAAUAUUAACUAAAUCAACCAAAGCCAAUGAAGAUCAUCAAUUCAAAACAUCACGCUCGUUUAAUGGUAAGGUAACAAUUCCGCAACCAUUUUCACUUUACGAUAAACCUACAGUCUCUUCAUCACAGAAAUCUCUUUACAGUAAGCCGACAAUAUCUUCGUCGCAAAAAUCAAUAAGUAAGUUUGAAAGGUUCAAACAACAAUUUCAAUAA